GAAAGACUGCUCCACACACAAGCAUAGCACCCAAACACCGCGGGCAAGUAAACCUUCACGCAUAAUUUUUGGGGCUAUUUCACGUCCAUUCGAGUCAGUUUGUCGGAAAGCCUUCCCGGUUUCUAGGAACAUAUGGCGCCCUUAAUGCGCCUCGUUCGAACGCGAUCUCUGCGCGUUCCUCAGCGGCGGACCCGUGGAUACUCAUCAUCAACCACGGGACCCCGGUCCGCACAUUCUCAAUGGUAUGCAUCCAUGAUUCCGGGUAUGGUUCCGGUGGCUCUUUUGGGUUCCGCUGUGUACUUGGGGUUGCAGCUAUUACAGAGCCAGCUGGAUCACGAGAAAUUUCUAGAUGAGGCACGAGACCAAGUACGUCAACUCGAAGCAGAGGUGGAUAGGUUACAGGAGGAACGAGCCCUGCAACCAUCAGUAGUCUCAUCAUCACCCAACCCUGCCUCUAAGUGGUGGCCGUGGUGAUUUCUAUAUAGGAAUACGUGUAAUCGUCGGUUGAAGUCAUCAUCUAGGAUUCAUAAUGAAAUUCGCC